AUGGAAGAUAAAAAUAUCAAGAAUAAAUCAUUUGAAUAUACUUAGUAGUAAAAAGAGUUUAUUUAUGCAUCUAAAAGAAGAGAUAUCAAGGUAACUGCUUGCGCUGGAUCUGGAAAAACUUAAUGUGUUCUUAUGUAUGUAAAAGAGGCCAUAGAUGAAGGAUUUGAUCCUUCUGCUAUCUGUAUCACAACUUUUAAUAUUUAAGCCAGCAAUGAUAUGAAAAAGAGAGCAGUAUAGUUAAUAGGAAAAGACAAAGCUGAUAAAAUCGAAAUCACUAAUAUUGAUAAGCUAAUUACUAAGCUCUUUAAUAGUAUUUAGAGAGCAAAAAAACAAAAAGAUAAUGAAAAAUAAAAAAAUGAAAUUGAAAAAGAAUUAUUAAUAGAUAUCACUUUAGUUGAAAAACAAAGCUAAGUUUAUGAAGAUUUGUAAGAUUUGUCUCUUAGUAAAGAGAUUUUUGAAAAGUACAAAAUUAUUAUUUUCGAUGAAUUUUAAGACAUAAACUAAUUAUAAUAUGACAUAUUUAUGCUCUUUAAAAAAAUUGGAGAAUCAAUUUUGGUAGUCGUUGGAGAUGAUGCUUAGAAUAUUUACGAGUUCAGAGGAUCAAAUUAUGAAUUCUUGAGAUCUAAAGUAAUUGAAGAUGUAAACAGAGAAAACAAAAGAAUUUAUGGCAGUGAAGAUUACACCAUGCUUGACAUUAAGCUCACAACUAAUUUUAGAUGCUCUUCAAAGAUUACUAAGUUUGCAAAUGACAUUAUUAAAUCUUUUAAUAUUAUCUAGUAAAAUACAAUGUAGAGCUAUGAAGACUUAGAGGGAUACAAAAACGAGAAAAGCUAGGUAAAACCAACCCUGGAAUCAUAUAAAAGCUAUAAUGAUUAGUUUAAUAGUAUUUUAACUUAAAUAUAAACUUUCAUAAACUAAGGUUAUAGUUAUGAGGAUAUUGCUAUUAUUUGCCCUAAAGGAUCACUCUUGAGAGAUAUAGAAUACAAAUUAGAAAAGCAUAAUAGUUUUAAAUCAGAUUAAAUACCUUUUUGGAGUUUCAUAGGAAAAAAUAAUGAUUUUGAUUUUAAAUAUGAAUACAAAGGAAAUAAAGUUACUUUAUUGACUAUACACAAAUCUAAGGGAUUAGAAUGGAAAGUUUUGUUUUUCGUCGGACUAAAUGAUGAUUAAUUUCCAAAGGCUUUUUUGAAAUAAAAAAAUAACUAGGAUCGUUAAAUAGAAGAAAUGACACGUUUGUUCUAUGUUGGAUCAACAAGAGCAGCUAAAAUUCUUAAUAUGAGUUACUUUUCAUAUCCUUAGAGAUGUGCUUGCAGAUUUUUGAGCAAAAUAAACGAAAAUUACAUGGAAUUUAAAGGAGAUAUUGCUAUUUUUGAUGGAAAAUAAUGCAACCCAAUUUUGUCAUCUAUUUUAAAAAGCUAAGAUUCGAAUUAUAAUAAUGUUAAUAAUUCAGGUAAAUAAAUAAGUGAAAUUUUUGAAGAAAUGAGCAAUGCUUAACACUUAAAAGAACUAGAGUUUUCUUAAAAAAAAUAUCUUUAAGAAAAAUAUUUUGAGCUAGAAGAAGUAUACAAAGUACAUGAACAAAUGUUUACUAAAUAAUAAAUAUAAAACUUCUUUUUCCAUUAAUCAGUAGAGUUAUUGUUUACUUACUUAGAAACAAUUACUUUAUGGAUUAUGUAACAUGAAGUCAAAAUAGAGUCUAGAUCGUUAAUUCUAAAUGAAUAGAAAAUUUAAAUAGAUUAGCUAUCUGCAAAUUCAAAAAAGCUUUAAAUCUCUGAAUUAUAAAUUUAAUCUUUUAAAAAUGCAUUCAUAUAAUUUUUAAAAAUUGAUAAAAAAACAAAUCAAAGUGAAGAACUAAUUGAAGCUUUUUUCAAAGUUUCUCUUUUAUAUGAAAUUUCAAAAAGUAAAAAUCAGAUCUAUAAAUAUCUUUAUAAAAAGAACAUUUUUUCUUCUUUGACUAAAACUCCAAUUAUAGAAUGCUUAGAUCUAUUUGUUAAGUAUGUGAAGACAUAAGAAAGUGAGGAAAUUCUUAUAUUAGAUAAGAUAUAAGAUAAAUCUGAUUUUGAUCCUGAUAGAACUUUUGAUUAUUUUACUAUAUCAGGCAAAGAAACUCUUUAUGAAAUCAGUUAAUCAUUCAAAAAAACUAAGAAAAUACAAAAACAAGUUAUGUUAACAGUUUUAGCCAAAAUUUCAAUAUUGAAGAAGAAAUAUGGUAAAGAUAUCAAAAAAGUCAAGUUUUAUAAUCCUAUAAAAGGAACGGUUUUUUCAGUUUUGAUAAAAGAUUGGUAACUUCAUUCAGACUUUAUAGAUUUUAUGGAGAAAUUUAAUGAAAAACUUAAAAACCCUUAGUAAACAAAUUGA